ACGAUAUCAUACGAGAAGUGACGUAAAAUUACAUCACUAGUUAUCUCACAAAAGUCACAAAGGUCGGCCGGGUCGUGGGGUCCGUCGUGUAAUUACAGAAUUGUUCAAUUUAUUUAAACUUUCAUUGUACUAAACGUGAAAACAUGUUCUCCCGCGCAAUCAAACCUGUUGCCUCAGUGGCUGCUCAAAAUGGGCUUAAAAACUUUUCCACCUCAUCACAGAAAAACUUCAAAGUGGUGGUGGCGGGCGCCGCUGGUGGGAUCGGCCAGCCCUUGGCCCUGUUGUUGAAGCAAAAUAAGCUGGUAACUAAGCUUGCCUUGUACGAUAUCGCGCCAGUUACUCCUGGUGUGGGUGUCGAUCUCUCUCACAUGGAUACCCCAGCCAAGGUCACUGGUCACCAAGGCCCUGAUCAACUAGCCGAUGCUAUCAAAGGUGCUGACGUGGUAGUGAUCCCAGCGGGCGUUCCCCGUAAGCCUGGUAUGACCCGGGACGAUCUGUUCAACACCAAUGCAUCUAUUGUACGGGAUCUCGCUGCGUGUAUCGCGAAGAACUCUCCGAAAGCCAUUAUUGCUAUCAUCACCAACCCCGUCAAUUCCAUGGUGCCUAUCGCCUCUGAGGUCAUGAAGAAGGCUGGAGUAUACGACCCUAACAGGAUCCUUGGUGUCACCACCUUAGACGUUGUCCGAGCAGCUGCAUUCAUCGGAGAGAUCAAUGGCGUCGACCCCCAGACCGUCAGCAUCCCAGUCAUAGGAGGACACUCCGGUGUCACCAUCAUCCCCCUGCUCAGCCAGAGCAAGCCGGCCGUCAAGUUAUCCGACCAGGGCAAGAUCGACGCCUUGACAAAGAGGAUCCAGGAAGCCGGUACCGAGGUGGUGAAGGCGAAGGCUGGUGGAGGCUCGGCCACUUUGUCGAUGGCGUACGCUGGAGCGAGGCUCACCGGUUCCGUACUCAGGGGACUCAAGGGUGAAUCCAACGUGGUCGAAUGCGCGUACAUAAAGUCAGACCUCACGGAAGCAACCUACUUCGCGAACCCCGUCGUUCUCGGCAAAAAUGGCGUUGAGAAGAACCUCGGCUUCGGCUCGCUCAAUGACUACGAGAAGCAACUCCUCAAGGCCGCCAUCCCCGAACUCCAGAAGAACAUCAAGACUGGCGAGGAUUUUGCCAAGAAAUAAACUCAUAGUCCAAGACACGAACCUCGGAGACCAGGUCAAACCGAAACGAUUCUUCGAAAGUAGUGUUUUAGCCAAAUAGAGACAAUUCGACCUAAAAUAAUUAAAUUAUUAAUUUUACUCAAUAAUUGUUAAACACUACAUGUAAGAUAUAUUAUAGAUUUAAGGAUGUAAGUGGAAAAUGUCUAAAAUUGUUCCAUGUCCUGGUCGACGCCCUGCAAAAGUUCAAUUGACGUGUGGAUGAAUUUCUUAAAGUUAUUUUUGUGUUAAAUAAAUCUUUGGUUAUUGCA